AUGACUAUCAUAGAGGCUGCUUCUCGUGAGGAAAUGGCUGUAAGAGUGGAAAGUUUGAGAGCAAUCUCUAUAGAAGAGCAAGCCUUAGCCGCUGAGAAGAAGUCUCUGAUCUCAAUCUUGGAAAACUUUGAAGGAGAGGUAUACAACAACUGUGAUGCCACACUGCUUGCAAAAUCAGGAAUAUGUUAUCGGCAAUAUGUAUUUGAUAGAAGCAUAAAGACCUGUGUAAAGUACCUACGAUGCAAAGGGAACAAGGUGACAUUUCUGCCUGGGGAAAUAGAACUAGAAGCAGCGAGAGCCCAGUUAAAGAACAAGCGGAUGACGGAUGACCGUUACAAAUAUAACGUUGAUGGAAUGAUUUACGCUGAUGACUUCUCCCAUCUCGAAUUAUUGUUAAUAAAGGUUUCCUCUGAGUAUGUCAGCAAUGACACCGGAAAGGUCAGCUUUGACCAUUACAAAGCAAUGUUCGGCAUGCUGGCCAUAAUCCGGAACAUUGCUUAA